AUGGUUGCAUCCAAAGUGCCUAGCCCGGAGCAUGAGCCGGUCGAAACUAUAGUCGUCAUAUCCGUCGAUAAGCGCAGCGAACGAAAUCUGCGAAAGCAAUUCCCGGGGUUGAGUAUCCAGUGGAAGGCGAUCGAAGAUAAAAUACAAUCAUGGAGUCCGUUGUUCUGUGAAGGCCAUAAGUUGAGGUUGGAUAUAUCUUUUAUCUACAAGGCUACAGACCAAGUAACACAGCUUGCAAAUACUGGCGGGUGGCAGAGCCGUCGAGGGGCCAUAGGCAGGCAAUUCGCUGCCCGAGACCGACUCCUCGCCGAGCAGGAAGAUACUUCUGGCAGUCGUCCGGUGUGGAACGAUGUCUACGAAGUCUUCCAUUGUACAGGUGUUCCGUGUGUUAAUGCAGGCUUUUAUUGUUGGCGCGAUCCAGUCAGUAAGAAGCACUUUAAGCUCGACUCGACCCUUCUAAACAAACUCGUCGAUUACGCCGAAGAAGGCAGGUUGAUGAGAAACCAUGACCAUGUGCCCGAAACAAUCCGUGAACGAAUCUUUAAACAGGACCAGGAGAAUCUAGAACGGAAGCAGCUGAAACGUAAGAGGGGCGAUAGCUUACCUCUAAUCAAUAUUAGUGUUUCUUGUCUAGGAUCCCACGGUGAGGCUCAGCAGGACCCUCCGACUGGGGCACAUGUCACAGCUGCAGGUAGUAGGGUAGGAUUCAGUAGACGGGCCGUUGAUAUCGUCAUUCCCUUGCCGAUCGACAGAGCAGGAAUUGCCUACUGUGAGUGGCUGUGUGGACGAGUGGAGAGCGACUACUGGGAAGCGGGCUUCCGGCAAGCGCAUCGAAUCACGAUGGAGGCGUGUUUCGACUUGAAGUAUGUCUACCAGGUUCAAGACAUUGCAUUUUUCACGGAUAAAGGCAUAGCCUUGGGCAUCGCCCUCUCGUACAUCGGCGAUAUCCCUGUGUGGGCGGACACACUGAAAUGA